AUCAGAGCGGAAGUGUUUAGUUCCGCUGAGAAAGCAGCGAGUAGGAUACAAGAUAGAGAGUUCCCCGUUAAACCUCCUGAAUACAGCAAAUAUGGAAACCUCCUCUAUUGACAGUUUGAUCCUGAAGCUCCACGAUGUGAACGCGGUGAAGUUUGGAGAGUACAAGCUGAAGACCGGCAUGAUGACCCCCAUUUAUAUCGACCUGAGGGUCCUCGUGUCGCACCCAGCGCUCAUGAACCAGGUGUCGAGUCUCAUCUACCAGCGAGUGCUAGAGGAGAAGCUGCAGUUCGACACGGUGUGUGGGGUUCCUUACACAGCCCUGCCUCUCGCCACAAUCAUCUGCUCCAGAAAUGAACUGCCGAUGCUCAUCAGGCGAAAGGAGGCCAAGGACUACGGAACCAGGCGUAUGGUGGAGGGCUCGUUUCGUGAGGGGGACACAUGUCUGAUCAUCGAGGACACAGUGACCAGCGGCACCAGCAUCCUGGAGACUGCUGAAGUGCUCUACAAAGAGGGACUGAAGGUGACAGAUUCCAUCGUGCUGAUGGACAGAGAGCAGGGCGGAGUAGACAUGUUGGCUUCUCAGGGAAUCAAACUCCAUCCCAUCAUCUCCAUGUUCAAGCUGAUCAACGUGCUGCUGGCAGCCGAACGCAUCGACGCACAGACCGCCCAGAGCGUCCGCAAGUUCAUCCUGGACAAUAACACGUUCAGCCCUCAGGACAAGAAUGGAAAUGGUGUUCCUGCCAGCAAGAAGCCAUGCAAGGAGCAGGACACAAGGCUGAGCUACGCAGACAGAGCCGCGCUACCAAACGUUCAUCCUCUGGCGUCAAAGCUGCUGCAGACCAUGGAGGAGAAACAGUCCAACCUCUGUGUUUCUGCUGAUGUGACGAGCAGCGAGGAGCUCCUGCAGCUUGCUGACUCUCUCGGCCCCAAAAUCUGCAUGCUGAAGACCCAUGUGGACAUCCUAAAGGACUACACAGCAGCCUUCAGCCAGAAACUGCAGGCUCUGUCUGAGAAACACAACUUCCUCAUCUUUGAAGACCGCAAGUUUGCUGAUAUCGGGAACACCGUGAAGCAUCAGUAUGAAGGCGGUGUGUACCAGAUCUCGUCUUGGUCCCACAUAGUGAACGCCCACGCUGUGCCGGGGCCCGGGGUGGUGAAGGGCCUGAGUGCUGUGGGGAAGCCUUUGGGCCGGGGCUGUCUGCUCAUAGCACAGAUGAGCUCCCAGGGCUCCCUGGCUACUGGUGCAUACACACAGGCUGUGCUGAAGAUGGCAGAGGAGCAGUCAGACUUUGUGAUCGGGUUUAUCUGUGGCUCGAAGAUCUCCAAGAGGCCCGAGUUCAUCCACAUGAGCCCCGGGGUGCAGAUGCAGGCUGGAGGUGAUGGGUUGGGCCAGCAGUACAACACCCCAGAUGAAGUCCUCUGCAACAAAGGCUCUGAUGUCAUCAUCGUGGGUCGGGGUAUCCUGGAGGCUCCUGAUAGGCUGGAGGCUGCCGAGUCAUACAGGAAGGCGGGCUGGGAGGCGUACACUAAGAGACUGGGCCAGGUUGGCCAAUAGGAGCUCAGGACGGGCAUCUGCAUCAAUGCAUCUCAUUUAAAAUUGACCCUACAGCUCUAACAAGGACUCUGCUCCUAAGACCUUCCAGUUUUUUCUUCUAAAAGUUGAAUACAUAAAAACAUAUGUAGACAUGUGUACACUGCACUGCCACAUGAAAAUGCACAAUCACACAGUUCUGCAGGAGCUACCUGGCAGGUUAAGGGGAUUCUAAUGCAAUUGAUCUCCUUUGAUUCUGUCCGAUUAAUAAGCUGCUUUAACUGUGAUCUUCUGAUUCCCUCCUACUAAUGAACUGCACCUGAAGUCCAUCUGCUAAGGUGCUUCUGAGCAGGUUUAAACACAUUCAGGAAAAGGUUUCAGGGUUCCUUUAAGAUAGAGUUGACUCCUCCUGUCCAGGUCAAAGCAUGCAGAGUUACAGAUGAGAUGUGGGUUACUUGGAAUAAAUAGAUUUUUCUUUUUUUAAUUAGUUGGCUACUAAACUCCCUAGGAUGUGUUUGUUUAAGUAGGAAUACAAGGAGUCAUUUCCAUGAUAAAGACUGCAACGUCCAGUCAGGCUGAAGCUGUGCUUUGUCACCAUUCCUCUGUGAGCUGAAAUACUAGAUCACAAAUUAUAGUACAAAUAAGAGUGGGUAUGGUUUAAUCAUUUUUUUAGUGGUUGUAUAAUGUUUAAUGUUUGUAAUUCAGGGCAUUUUCUAGCACACUUUUGUCCAAUCUAGAUCUGAACAUCUUCCACAAGAUCACAGAAAUGCUAGACUCGUAAGAAUCUUUGACAGUCAUUUAUUUUGAACAGGGAAACCUUCAGUAUUAAAUAGAUUUUAAACUUGUAUGUACAGUUGGUUAAAUCGCACACAUUAAUGGGGAGAGGUUCCAAGGUUUCAACUGUGGUUCUGACUUCACCAUGCUUUUUUAAAGGGAACGCAAUGAUUUUCAUAGGUCUACUACAAAAUAAAGGCUUUGAGUUUG